CUGCAGGUAAAAACACCACUAAUACCUCAGAAUGCACCAAAUGUGUGCACAUCACCGUACUUUAUCACCUUAUCAACAAAAAAAAAUAAAAACAAAAUAAAAAAUAAUAAGCCAUGGCAGAUACAAUGGAGGAAAUAGUUCAACAAAGGGAAAAGAAAUUAAUUUGGGCUCCAGACAGAGAAAAGGCAUUUGUGCUGGCCCAGAUAAAAGACGAGAAGGACGAUUACUACGUAGUGCUUACGAAGAGUGGCGAGGAGCGUGAGGUGCGGAAGAUGGACACACAGAAGGUUAAUCCGCAGAAGUUCGAUGCUGUUGACGAUUUGGCGGGGCUGAGCCACCUGAAUGAGGCGAGUGUGCUGUACAAUCUGCACAUGCGGUACACCAACCAGAAUAUUUACACGUACUCCGGGCUGUUCCUGGUGGCACUGAAUCCGUUCAGGAACCUGGGAAUAUACACAGAGAAAAUGAUGAAGAAGUACUCGAUGAACAAGAAAUAUGAGCUUAAACCGCACAUUUUCGCGGUUGCAAACGAUGCGUACACGUCGAUGGUGAUGAAUAACAAAAACCAGUCUAUUUUGAUCACGGGCGAGUCGGGUGCGGGAAAGACGGAGAAUACGAAGAAGGCGAUCUCGUUCCUUGCGUACGCUGCGCAGGGAUACGCGACAGGUGAUAGUGUAAGCAUUGAGCAGAAGAUCGUAGACACAAAUCCGGUUCUUGAAGCGUUUGGCAACGCACAGACCACACGGAACUACAACUCAUCGCGGUUCGGCAAAUUCAUCAAGAUAACGUUCGAGAGCGGGCGGAUAACAGGCGCAUACAUUGAGAAGUAUCUGCUCGAGCGGAGCAGGGUAACCCGGCCAAAUCCGAAUGAAAGGAAUUACCACAUCUUCUACCAGCUGCUCAAAGGUGCCGACAAGGCGCUUCUUGACAGGCUGUUCCUGACGAACGGGAUCAAUGAUUACAGGAUGCUGAGGGACACUCCGCACACCGUGCCCGGUGUGGAUGAUGCCAAAGAGUUCGUGGAAACGCUGCGCUGCAUGAAGAAUCUUGGAUUUGACGAGUGCACGAUCGAGUCCGUGCUGCGCAUCGUCGCAGCCAUUCUGCAUUUGGGGAACAUAGGCUUCGUGGACACAGGCGAAAAAGGUGAGAUCAGAGACAUAGGGCCAGCCGAGGCAGCAUGUCGACUGCUGUGCAUCCCGAUCGCAAGCUUUGUCAAAUGCAUUUUGAACCCGAUCUCCGUGCUCUCGCAUGAGACGGUAACGCGCAACCGGAGCAGCGAGCAGGCGCGCCGCAUCGUUGAUGCACUGUGCAGAUUGUUAUACGAGAAUCUGUUUGAAGAAGUGAUCCGCAUCAUCAACACGUGCAUACGAAGUCCGAUGGGCAGCAGCUACAUCGGCGUGCUUGACAUUGCAGGCUUUGAGAUCUUCAAGACGAAUAACUUCGAGCAGUUCUGCAUAAACUACACGAACGAGAAGCUGCAGCAGUUCUUUAACCACCACAUGUUCAUACUUGAGCAGGAGAUUUACAGGCGGGAGCAGAUCGAGUGGAAUUACAUCGAUUUUGGCCAUGAUCUGAGUCCCACAAUCAAUCUCAUCGAGAGCAACAACCCGAUCGGCAUAUUCGCGUACAUCGACGAGGAGUGCGUGAUGCCCAAGGCUGAUGAGAAGACCCUUCUGCACAAGCUGUACACGAAUUUGAAGAAGGUGCCUGAAUUUGAGGCGUGCCGCUUCAACGACGGUUUCAAGCUGAAGCAUUAUGCGGGUGUGACCGAGUAUGAUAUUGAGGGUUGGCUGUCCAAGAACAAAGAGCCGUACUUCGGAGACAUCUCGGAGCUCAUCGAGCGCAGCGAUGACGAACUGGUGAGGCGCCUUGUACCACGUCCCUCCAAGGGCGAGAAAAAGGGUUUCUUCAGAACAGUCGCGCAGAAGCAUAAGGAACAGCUCGCAUACCUCAUGCAGCAGCUCAAGAAUACAUCACCGCACUUCGUACGGUGCAUCCUGCCCAACUGCAAGAAGAGCAGCACUGAGCUCGACAACCACUUCAUUCUGCACCAGCUGCGUUGCAACGGCGUGCUCGAGGGCAUACGGAUUUCGCGGCUGGGCUAUCCAAAUCGAAUGGACUUCAAGGAUUUUAUCGAGCGGUACAGUGUGAUUUACAAGGAGUUUGACGGCUUUGACGAGAAAAUGUACAUCAAGGGCAUGUGCGAUGCGCUUUCCAUACCGGCAAAUUUGUAUAAGCUUGGUCUUACAAAGGUGUUCUUCAAGCAGAGUGUGCUUGCAGAGAUCGAAGAAGUGCGUGAGAGCGCACUUGCAGAGCUGAUGCGGGAGGUACGUGCACUUAUACGCGCCUUUUUGUCCGUGAAACGCACAAACAUCGAUGAGAGGAAACGCAGUGCAGCAGACGCGCUUAAGAAGGAUGUGCUGUUGCACCUUGGUCUUAGACGAUACGGGUGGUGGCGGUUGUACCAGAUCGUUAAGCCAUUGCUUGAUGUUACCAAGAAGAAUGAGAUGGAGAAGGAGCAGCAGAACAGAAUAAAGGAGAUGGAGCAGGAGGCACACAGAGGUGUGGAAGAGAUUGCUAGACUUGGUGAUGCCAUAAAAAUCAAGGAAAAUGAGAAGAACGAGCUCAUAGCAUCGCUGGAGAGGGAGAGGCUGCUUGCUGAACAGAAGGACGAGCUGCUUGCAGCAAUACGAGCGGAGCGACAGAGCAUUUCUGAGCAGUUACAGCAUGGACAGCAAGAAAUGAGCACUCUGCAGGAACAGCUUAGGAAGAAUGCGCACGAGUGUACACAGCACGUGCGGCUGCUCAGCACUGCCGAGAGCGACAGGGCAGCGUUACGGAAAGAGAUGGAUGGUCUGGUGCAGCGGUACGAUGCGCUCAGCGAAGAGCACAAGAACCUGCGCACAAACAGGCAGAAUCUCGAGGAUCGCGUGAACAUCCUCACAACUGAGAUGCAGGCGAUGACCGUAAAGAACAAGAGCAAGCUGGAAGAACUAGUGCUCGACAAGGAGAAAGAGCUCAUACGUCUAAACAACCUAGUGAAGCAGGGCGAAGGACAAAAGCAGCUUCUUGACGAGCAGGUGGCUGCGCUCAAGCAAUCUGCCCAGACCUUAGAGAACCGUUUGGAGGAUGAACAUGCUCAAAACGAGCGGUUGACGGGUCAGAACAAUGCACUGAUGGCUGAAAGAGAGGAGAAUUCGCGAUGCAUACACGAGUUGACGAGGAAGAGUGCUGUGCAGGAUGGAACGAUCCGCACCCUGACCGAGCAGCUGACGAACACUAACAUAAUCCUGAACAACACAAAGACCGAGUGCGAAGACGCAGCUGUAAACAGCCAAAAGUUGGAGGAUGAGGUGCGCAAGUUGUCAAGCGAGCUGCGCAAGAAGGAACACGAGCUGCAACACGUACGUGAACUAGUGCACAUAGAAAAAGAGAAGAAUGCAAGUCUUGAAACACGCAUUGAAGUGCUUAAGGGCGAGAAUGAAGUGUUAAUCAGCUCGAAUAACGUUGAAGGACCGACAACUGAGGAGAUGGACAGACUCAAAGAGCGAAUCAAAAAGUUGGAAAAGACGAAUCGGGAACUGAGCGCGAAUAUUGCAUCGGAGAGAGCGUUCAAUAAAAGCCUGGAAGACGAGCGCAUCGUGAUGCACAAGAAGAACUUGGCAGAGAUGCAGGGCAGGUACGGCGAACUACUUAAAGAGAUGGCGAAGGUGAAUUCUGAAAAGAAGGCGCUCAAUAUGCGCGUAGCACGGCUUGAGAGCGAAAACACGGAUCUGCGCGCGUCGUUGGAAGAGCGCAUUCAGAACGAAGAAUCGACAGGCAGCAGUGAGUGCAAUCUGACAAUGCUUGAAUCAGAGCGUAAAGUGCGUGAUGACUUGCGGGAGGAGCUUGCAAGGCAGGAAGAUACGAACAUGCAUCUGCGUAACGAGCUAGAGGCGUUGCACGCAAGUUAUGAAAAGGAAAUGGGUGAUAGAGACGCACUGAUAAACGAGCUGAAAGCACAAACAGUGAAUAAGAUUGGCACGCAGGAGCUGUGCGCUCUGAAGCGCGAGGUGAAAGCGUACCAGAAAUACAUCACCGAUGCACUCGGCGUGUCUCAAAGUACGUUCAGUACGAAGAUCGGCAAGUAUAAGCAGGAGAUCGUCGAGCUGGAGGAGCGGAACAAGAAUUUGAAAGCAGAGAAUUAUGAAAUGAAGAACAAGCUUGGAGAGGUGAGCAUGCGUGUGGAUAUGCAUGUGAAUAAAAAUAGGAAUCUGGAGAACAGCCUGGCAUUCUACAAGAAGAACGCAGAUGAUGCGGCCGGCCGGCUGAGGACCAAAGACGCGGAGCUGGUCAAGUGGAGGAAUGAGGCUGCCGAACUGCGCACGAGGUUGUCGAACACGCAAAUCAAGCAUGAGUAUGCACUGAAAGUGGCGGAGGAACGCAACAAGGACGUAAAUAAAGUACUCGCCGAUAGGGAUGCGCGCAUUGCAGGCCUUAACGAUCAGCUGAGCAAAUUUGGGCAUGAGUUUGAGCGGCUGAAUGGCCUGAUAAAGGAGUCAGAUGAGGAAAAGAUGCUCCGAACGGAGAAUACACGUCUUACCAAGGAGUGUGCGGAGCUGAGUAUAGAGCUGCAUGCGAUGAAAAACAACAACAAUCUUUUGAAGGAGCAGAUUGGCAGAUGCGAGGAGAACGUGCUCGAUCUAGAGAAUAGGUGCAGUGCACUUAAGAAAGAGAAUGAACUCAAAGGUUCUAUGAUGGAAUGCAAGGAGCAAGAAAUCAACAAUUGGAGAAACCAGUACGUCAAUGCUGCCAAGGAACUGCGGGACAUGGCGCUUGAAAAGAUCCCGAUGCCCAAAUUUACCAGGAUACAGAUGAGCAGUGCACCAGAAGAGAAGCAGGAAAUGGAUUACGCCCUAGUGUUUGAGAACGAUGAGCUUAAGGCGCGCGUUACUGAGAACGAUGAAAGGAUUGAGGUACUUACAAAUGAACGAGACACGACCAAAGAAGAGGUGCAUGAGCUGAAGAAGGCAUUCGAAACCUUGGAAUUGAAGAAUAAGCAAUUGGAGCGGGAGCUUGCUGAUGAGAAGGAUGCCAGCAAGCUGUUUAAAAUGAUCAGAACAAUCAAUAAGAAGAAGUAAAGUUGAAUGCUGUGACAUGUCUUUUUAUUUUAUGGUGAACGGUUUAGUGCCGAUUUAUCGUUUUG